GACCAAAGCUAAAUUCUCUCAAGAAACAAAGUAAAAGAAAGAAAGAAAAAGAACAAAGAGAAAAACAUAUUAUUCUCCUCAGAGUAGAUUCUCAACUUCUCUACAUGAAUCUAAACUGAGAAUUCAAUUGGUCUCUUCUUCUCAUAGAGAUCACACCUUCUUUGUUAGUUUUUAUUUUCCUUCUUGUUCGGUUCUUCUCUUCACCAAUGGAUUCUUUUACUACUCAGAAAACUAAACCAAGAAAGACAAAGAGGCUUGCCAAAAAGUCUCGUGUUCAGAUAAUCUUGGAUAUUGUUUCUCGGACGAUCGAGACAAUUGUUGUUCUGGUUACGGUUUCUAAGCUCUGCUACCAGCUCGUUGUCACGUUUCAUGAUUCUGGUGUCGCCGCGGUUAUUCUCGCAAACCGUAAUCUCGCGUUUGUCGUAGGAAACGCUAUAGUCAUCACUCUUCUCGCGAAUUCCGGCCUUCUCUUGAAUCAAAAAGCUGUUCCGAAGUACAAAAGCAACGAUCUUUACGUGGAGUUUGUUCAGGAGAGCUCAAGGAGAGAUGGUGUUCCACGGCAUGAGAUGAGAAACAGAGGAAAACAGAGCGAAGCAGAGAAGGAGGCUAAAGAGAGCAUAACCGAAACCAGACCAAAACAGAGUGAAGCAGAGGAAGAAACACAGAGCAAAGCUGAGAACAUACCAAAACAGGGCAUUUCCGAUCAGGGAGAGGGACAGGUUGUAAUUAAGAAGAAGACAAAGAAGAUCAUUUCUGAGAAGAGAGUGAAAAUGAGCAAACCUGAGAAGCUAACAGAGCAGAGCACUUCAGUGAAGAAGAUGGAGAAAGAAAGCAUAGUUGAGCCUCAAGAGGAGAGGCAGCAAAUACAGAGUUACCAACGAAGCAAGUCAGAGAAUUUGGAGGGUUUAAAGAAGAGUUACUGUGGGAGAUUAAAGAGAUCGGAGACGGAUGCCUCUUCUGAAAGAAUUGAUUCUGACGACGAACUCCGAUUCAAGAUCGAGUCUUUCAUUGCCAAGCAGAGGAGAAAUCAAAAUGAUGAUUAGUUUGGUGUCUAUUUAGAUUUUUUUAAAAUAUAUUUUAAAUUGCAACCAAAUAACGAUAGCUUCUGCAAAUACCCUUCACGUUAAAUUACCAUGCUACGUUGCGGAUUACCUUUGUGUCACCUUUGGAAAACAGAGUAUUUUUUUCAACUAUCGCCAUGUGGUAGGUGAACCAUUUUCAACAAGGUGUGCGUAGAGUAUAACUUUUGGUUAUCUCACCUAAUUUCCCUUUUGUUUUAACGGAAACAAGUGUAACUAUUUAGUUCUGUGGAGGUGGAUACUUGUAUGUGAUUAGAGACCUAUUUCAUUUAUCUAAUGAGUUUUGUAGUUUUUUUUUUGCUUUGUAUAAUUUGAUAACUAUGUAAUGUUAUCUACCAUUUAUUGUGUU